AUGUCUAGGACAGAACUAGAACACAAGGAUGAUGAAGCGACCAUUCCAUUCAGCGACUCCCUGCAUUUCUCUGACCAUCCUGUUCCCCGUCAUCUCACCAGCUCACAGAAAAGGGCCAAUCAAUGGCACAGAUGGUCAGAAGACAUCAUUCCAUGCAUGAUAGUGCCCUAUCUAUCUUAUAUCGAGGAGACUUUAUCGCUACGCCAUGCCAACAUACCAGGAGAACGCCAUUCAAAUGAUGGAGAGUGCGGGACUGGGUGCAGAACUCGUAGUAUCAAGGUUGCAUGCGUACUUUUCGACGCUUUCGAAGAAAUCACCAUCAUUGCCUGUCCUUGUUUUCCCGCCCCACUUCAGCUUCUUCGUCGUGGCCUUUUUCCAUGUGCACCCAUGGUUCCCUCUCUGGCAGUAGACUUACGAGCUCUGGAGUUCGUUCGCCUCCUCUUCGUUCAUCAGUCCCCCAACCAAACUGCUUGGUGCGAUGCUCUGGAGACCUUUCUUGAUGGAAUGAGAUACAAGUUGACAUCGAAGAAUAGCUUGUGGCGUCGCUUCAGCAAUGUGUUUCACUGGUACCAGGUCUUGACUGUGUUGGCUCUGGAUCACAUCUCUACCCUCAUUACUGAUGCCCGGAAGGACGGUUCUUGUGUGGACCAGCCUAGUGAGUAUCUUUGUUCGCGGUGCCCACUCUGUUUCGGAGGGAAUGAUUGGCGAAACGAAGUGAGAGGUUCUCCUUCCAUGCCAAAUAUUAUUGUGUGCAUUGACGCGUGCUUCACACAAAAAUGUUCCACAAAUCCUCGCGGUGCUACUGGCAACGAUCCUCCUAACCCAACAUCGUCUUUCUUUCUACCGACGGCCGAUGUGAACGCAAUGGAAGAUUUUGUUCAAAGGUGUCGUGGAGAAAGUCGUCAAGCAAGGGCCUCCAGGGCGGAGCCAGACGAAGAUUGCUAUGAAGAGGGCAUGCGUGUACCAGUGUCGGUCUUGAAUGGGUGUGGAGACUCUUUCAUCGCUGCAGACGAAAAGCGAGAGAAGGCAAGUACUCGCUUCUUUACCGAUACAGGCCUGAUGGCCUUGCUUUGUAGACACGAUCGUGUACUGUGGGUUGCGAACCUCACAUCGGCGGGAGAAAAACAACACUAUGUGCUUGCUCUAUUGGACCGGUUGUUUAAACAUCUCCCUGCUCAGAUGACCAUCGGGCUUCUAUAUGACAUUGGAUGCCAGCUCGAACGGAGCUGUCGCAAGUGGAAGUUCAUGGACAACUCUAUUCUAUCUCGCAUUGCGUUUGCUGUUGCCAUAUUCCAUGCCUAUGGUCACCAGUGGCCUUGUCAGAUUGUGUACCACCCCAGGAAGAAAGAAGGAUUCGGACUUUUCCUCAAGCCCCUCAUCCCCUCCUUGCGUGUUUCUGGGUUUAAUCAGCGGCUUUUCGUCCUCGACACACAAAUUCGUCAUCUGGACUCAAAAUCAUUACAAGGGUUUGGACAUUGGCUCCAUCGGCGCUGGAUCCACUGUCAAACGAAGAAAAAUGGUGCACUGGACAGUCUACAUGACUUACAGGUGGACGAACAUAUGCUUCGUGUAGAAUGGAAGGCUCAGGUUGAUCACCAGAUGAAACCCGCACCACGACAAUCUAGAAACAAGGCGGUGGAGGUGAUUACUACCAUCCUAGCACUGGAGAAGACCCUAGAAGCUCAGGAGGCUUCUAUUCGUGAGCUCGAGAUGCAGCUCCAUGGUGGCCGUGUCCCUGACAUUGUCGAGUUCAACCUGCAGCUUGCAGACAUCCGCUCACGGCGAGCGAAAACUGCUGACUCUCUCCGACGACGACGAGCUGCGCUUGGAACGGAGGACAAGGUCAACCUGGAGAAGAUGAAGAAGGAUGUUUAUCUUACGGUUCGCUUGAAUGCCCUUGCAGUCAAAACUCGUAUUCGCGACCGCCUUCAUCAAUGCAAGUUUGAGUUUGAGAGACUCAAGAGAUCGUACAGAGCAACAAUCAAUGCUGAGCACAAGCUUCAUGCCAAUACUCAGCAGUCGAUCAAGCGGCGAGAGCCCGGCAUCCUCAAAUUAGUUUCAACGUACAAUGGUUUGUGUUCUCAACUACGAUCUCUUAUACGCCAGCGUCGAGCACCUCCUUAUGCUGUUAUGCCUCACAUCAUCCCGCGUGAUGGCAUCUUUCUGCUUGAUGUUGAUGACGACAUCUGGCAAGAUGUUGGGCUUGAUGAUGACACUAUAGUGCCGCCAGCAUGGCUAUCAGAUGAUGCCGUUGAUCGGUGCAUGGAGGAGGAAGCUCGACUGAUGCGUGAGAGGGCUGUCAUUCAAGAAUGGAUGUUGGCGGAGUGGGGGGCCAUAAGAGGUGCCUCGAACAAUGCAGUGACAGACGCAGUCAUAUCUUUCCACCUUCGGUCUUGUGCGGAUGAACUCGUCAACAUAUGUGUAGUCUGGAAGAAAAAGGUUCAGUGUAUUCCUUGCACAUGGCCAGUUGAUGAGAGCUGGGGACCCUCUGACGAAGCAUUGCUUCAGGCCGCUCAUGAUCAAGCGCAGUCAUCCUUUCGUGAUGAGGAUGAUGCCGAGAGUGUGGAAGGGGAGGAAGGUGAUUGCGAGGGAGACCUGGAAUAUGGUGAGAUCGGAGAUGAGGAACUGAUGGAUGCUAUUGAAGACAUUGCACUAGCGGACGAGUACAGGUAUGAUCACAGUAAUGAGUUAUUGGAUGACAUGGAUGACAUUGAUGAUCACUUUAUGCCUUCCUCCCCUAUUAAAUUGUCAAAUAAAUGUCGGUGCAUAUAG